UAUAACCACGCCUCGUGGUCUUUCUCUCCGCCUCUUUCUGCUCCGCCGCGCAAGCACUGCUAGGGUUUUGCCGUCUGCUCCUGCGGGUUCAUCCUCCGCCGCCGCCGCCGCCGCCUCCGAACUUCCUUCAAGAUGGUGCUCCAGAACGACAUCGAUUUGCUGAACCCGCCAGCGGAGCUUGAGAAGAGGAAGCAUAAGCUCAAGCGUCUCGUGCAGUCGCCCAAUUCCUUCUUCAUGGAUGUGAAGUGCCAAGGAUGCUUCAACAUAACAACUGUUUUUAGCCACUCUCAAACUGUGGUGGUUUGCGGUAACUGCCAGACAGUUUUGUGCCAACCAACUGGAGGGCGCGCCAGACUCACCGAGGGUUGCUCUUUUAGGAGAAAGGGUGAUUGAGAAAUGAUCAGAAACAAUUUUCGACUGCAUACCAUGGGUGAAGAGCUGUGAAAUUUAGUUUUAGGAGAAAAUUCUAAGUUCUGUAUUUUCUGUUGAAGUUUCAUUUUUGGGGUGAUCUGCCAAUCCUCGAUGACAUUACCCUGUGCUGCAUAUGUUUUGUUUCUUCAUAUGUGAUGGAUGAUGGAUUGUUCUAAUAUAUCGUGUUCCAUUCAGUGAGUUCACGGUUUUCUUGUGCA